AUGCAAAACAUCGCCUUCCUGUCUGGUGGCCGGGGUAAGGACAAUGCUUGGAUAAUUACUUUUCCAGAAAAUUGUAAUUUCAGAUGCAUACCAGAAGAUAUAAUUGCAAAAGUGUUGACUUUCUUGACAUCUAUUGCAAAGAAAAAUGGAUCUGACUCCCGGUUUACCAUUAUUCUGGAUCGAAGAUCAGAUACAUGGUCUUCUCUCAAAGCUUCUCUACAAAGAAUCUCAGCUUCCUUCCCUGGGAACCUGCACUUGGUUUUGGUUCUCCGUCCCACCAGCUUUCUUCAGCGAACUUUCACAGACGUUGGAUUUCGGUUUAGCCACGAGGAUUUCAUGCUGAAAUUGCCAGUUGUUAUGCUGAGCUCAGUUAGUGAUUUGCUGACAUACAUUGAUGCCAAGCAGUUAACCCCUGAGUUAGGCGGCACCUUGCAGUACUGCCACAGUGAAUGGAUCAUCUUCAGAAAUGCUAUAGAAAAUUUUGCCAUCUCAGUUAAGGAAAUGGCUCAGAUGUUACAGUCCUUUGGGACCGAAUUGGCUGAGACAGAGCUACCAGAAAACUUUCCUGAAAUAGAAGAAAUUUUUGAGGUUCACUCUGAAAGGUACAACCUGUUGAAGAGUAAUAUCACAACUAUAACCAAAGAAGGAACCGUUCUGCUAACCAAUCUGGAAGCACCUGAAACUUCAGAAGCUGUCAGUAGAAGCAUUGAGCCCCAUCCGAAAAUCUGUGGUGACUGGCAGACUGUUAAUAAAUUGCUGAGUCAAGUACAUGACAUGGAAACAGCCUUUGAUGGAUUUUGGGAAAAACACCAACAGAAGAUGGACCAGCAUCUCGAACUAUGGAAGUUUGAGCAGGAAUUUAAAGAUCUCAUGGCUAAAAUGAAAUGGUCAUUAAAGAAACUAUCAGAGCUGACUGAUGCAACAGGGAAUAUAAUUCAAGUGAAACAUAAGCUGAAGAAGUUGGACAUUGUGGAUGAAAGUUCUCAGAAUUUGUUGAAAAAGGCCCGCUUUAUGGUGUUACAUGGACACAAGCUGGCGGCCAGUCACCAUUAUGCAGUUGAUUUAAUCUGCCAGAGAUGCAAUGAACUACGCUAUCUUACGGAUAUUUUGGCAAAUGAGAUCAAAACCAAACGGAUACAGCUCAGCAGGACCUUCAAAUUGCAUAAACUCCUGCAGCAGGCUUGGCAGUGCUGUGAUGAAGGGGAAUAUCUUCUAAUUAAUCAGCAAGAUGAUAAAUUUCAAUCCAAAGAAGAUGCUCAAAAAACUCUCCAAGACAUUGAGAAUUUUCUUCAAGUGGCUCUGCCCUUUAUAAAUUAUGAUAUUGAAACCCUUCAGUAUGAAUUUGAUGUCGUUUUAUCUCCUGAGCUCAAGAAUCAAAUGCAGACUGUCCAACUGAAGCUGGAAACCAUCCGAACUGUCUUUGAGAACCAGCAGGCUGUCCUCAGGAGUGUGAAGGAGAAGCAUGCGAAUCCAUUCCAGUUAGUGGUAGCUGGGACGGAGCAGCUGAUGAGAACAUUUUCACCUAGAUAUGCAUUGGGAAUUGGACACUCUUUCUUUCAAGCAUGUAAACUUUUUUUAAAAGGGAAGAAGACUUGGCAAUCAAAUCUGAGCAACGUAAAAAUUGAAGUGAUACAUGAUUUUCCGGAGGAGCAAAGUUCCAGCCAAUCCUCAGUUUUGACCAAAGAAAAUACGUUGGCGAUUUUAAAGAACCACGUCCUAAAUGAGCUGAUACAGACUGAGAAGAUAUAUGUCCGAGAGCUGUUUACUGUUUUGUUGGGUUAUAGAGCACAGAUGGAUAAUCCAGAGAUGAUGGAUAUUAUACCACCUCUCCUGAGAAGUAAAAAGGAUGUUCUCUUUGGAAAUAUGCCAGAGAUCUAUGAGUUCCAUAAUAACAUUUUCAUGCACAGAUUGGAAAAUUGCUUCCAUUAUCCAGAACUAGUGGGACAGUGUUUCCUGGAAAGGAAGAAUGAUUUUCAGCUGUAUGCAAAAUAUUGUCAGAAUAAGCCCUUAUCAGAGACAAUUUGGAAGAAGUAUUCUGAUUGCACCUUUUUCAAGGAAUGUCAAAAGAAAUUAAAGCACAGACUUGGUCUGGAUUCCUAUUUACUCAAACCAGUGCAACGCAUCACUAAGUAUCAGUUACUACUGAAGGAGCUAUUGAAAUAUAGUGGUGGCUGUAGAGGAACUGAGCAAUUAAAGCAGGCACUUGACACAAUACUGGAAUUACUGAAGUCAGUUAAUGAUUCGAUGCAUCAGAUUGCAAUCACUGGCUUUGUGGGAGACCUGAGCGACCUGGGCAAGAUGAUACUGCAGGGCCCAUUCAGUGUGUGGACUUGCCACCGGAAAGGGACCACAAAAAUGACGGAUUUUGGUAGAUUCAAGUCAACACAGCGACACAUUUUCUUGUAUGAAAAAGCCAUUGUUUUUUGUAAAAGCUACACUGAAAGCGGAGACAGCUCUGACAGAUAUCCAUCCUACAAAUUUAAACACUGUUUGAAGUUGGAUAACAUUGGACUCACUGAAUACGUAAAGGGAAGUAAUCGCAAGUUUGAAAUCUGGUGCAAUGCGAAGGAAGAAAUCUAUACUGUGCAGGCACCAACUUUAAAUGUGAAGACAUCAUGGUUAAGAGAAAUAAGAAAUAUUCUGUUGAAGAAUCAUGAAUUUAUGACAGUUAAAAAACAAGAGCAACUGCCUCAGCCACCUAACUGGGACCCAUUUUCUUUUCAGAAGAGUGACAAAAAGCAGCAGCGACGUUUUCUAAGCAGUGGAUGUGAAUAUACUGGCGCUCUGGCGGGCGUUUGUGAAGCAGCCAUGCCCGUUAAGGUUGAAGAAGACACAGUUUGGACCGAGAUAUCCCUCUCUUCAGAAACCUCUGAAGAACCCAAAGAAGGGUCAAGAGAACUUUUAUUUUCUUCUUUGGCAGAGCAUGAAGUAGAAGAUAGGCCCGGAAUGGCAUGUGAGAGAAACUCCGAGAACAAAGAAGCUGCAAGUAUACGUAAAAAAAUCAGUUUAGGUUCCAAAUUAGGAACCAUAGGAAGGAAACAUUCUGUGUUUAAAAAACUAUAUCACAACAUCCGGGGGCAUAAGUUUCACUAA